GCGCUGGCAGGGGGCGCGGGGGGGACGGGGUACGCGCCGGGCUGACGUGGGCCGAACGCCGCGCACGGGACCAACUACGCAGCAGCGGAGAGACAACUCUCCAAAGAUGGAGCCACCAGCCCUGCGGCCCUGGCGGGGCCCUUGGAAAGAGCUUCAAAGCUGCCGUUCGGGGCAGCAAGGGCACCUAAAGUCUUCCUGGGCUCCCCGCCGCCGGGGGGCCUUGGCUCUGGGAAACGGAGGCAAGUUUGUCCUCUGUGCUAUGGGAGAUGUCAGAGAAUCAAAAAUGCAAAUAACACCGGAAACUCCAGGAAGAAUCCCUGUUUUAAAUCCUUUUGAAAGUCCUGGCGAUUAUUCUAAUCUCCAUGAACAAACUCUUUCCAGUCCUUCUGUUUUUAAAUCAACAAAAUUGCCAACUCCAGGGAAAUUUAGAUGGUCUAUCGAUCAACUAGCUGUAAUAAAUCCUGUAGAAAUAGACCCGGAAGACAUUCACCGUCAAGCGUUAUACUUAAGUCAUUCUCGAAUAGAUAAAGAUGUGGAAGACAAAAGACAAAAAGCCAUUGAAGAGUUUUUUACUAAGGAUGUCAUCGUCCCCUCUCCUUGGACUGAUCAUGAAGGGAAACAGCUUUCAGACUAUCAUUCCAAUAAAUGUAUUGACAUAAAUAAUGAAUCUCCAAUUGGAGGAAAGCUGACUAUCCAUUCUGAGAAAAGCAAUGCUGCUUGUCAGACAUUGCUGUCUCUUCCUGUGGAUUUUAAUUUAGAAAAUAUAUUAGGUGACUAUUUUAGAGCUGAUGAAUUUGCAGAUCAAUCUCCUGGAAACCUUAGUUCUUCAUCCCUCAGAAGAAAGCUAUUUUUAGAUGGGAAUGGAAGUAUCUCUGACUCCUUACCUCCAGCUUCUCCGAGAAGUGCUCACAACGGUGCUCAAGCAUCACUCGAGGUUUUUUAUUCAAUAGAUUUAUCUCCUGUACGGUGUAGGAGCCCUGUGCAGACACCGAGCUCGGGGCAGUUUUCUUCCAGCCCUAUUCAGGGUAGUGCAAAGAAGUACAGUCUGGGAAGCAUAACCAGUCCUCCUUCACCUGUCUCUUCACCCCCUUUCUCACCAGUUGCAUUUCAGAUAGGAAAGACACCACUCGCAGAACAAAGGAAGUUUACUGUUCAUUCUCCCGAGGCUUCAUCUGGAAGAAAUUCUAAUGGAAUUCCUAAUCCGUGUAUCAGAAGUCCUUAUAUAGAUGGCUGCUCACCAAUUAAAAAUUGGUCUCCUAUGCGACUGGAGAUGUGUAGAGGUGGUACUCAGUAUCGGACCUCACUGAUUCGGAUUCCUUUUCCUCUUGAGGCUCACAGUGAAGAUGAAGAAGAUAAAGGGAGUCUUCCUUCCACAGAUGCCUCCUCACCAGCCAUGGACACUGCUGCAGUACACCUGCGGCAGCUGAGUAAUGACGCUUCUUCACGCGGCCCACGUUUACUGGUGACUGCCAUGUCCAUUACACAGAAUCAGUCCAGUGCUUCUGAGAAGGAAUUAGCACUGCUGCAGGAUGUUGAAAGUGAAAAGGAGAAUAACACUGUGGAUAUGGUUGAUCCUGUAGAGAUAGCAGACCAGAACACCUGGAUUAAGGAGCCGGUUGACAAUGGGAGCUUACCCGUGGCUGAUUUUGUGAGUGGGAUUGCCUUCAGCAUUGAAAACUCUCAUAUGUGCAUGUCACCUCUUGCAGAAAGUAGUGUCAUUCCUUGUGAAAGCAGUAACAUUCAGAUGGAUAGUGGCUAUAAUACACAGAAUUGUGGAAGCAAUAUUAUGGAUACGGUUGGGGCAGAAAGUUACUGCAAAGAAAGUGAAGCACAGACCUUGGAAGUUGAGAAUAAAUCUCGUUUUUAAUACAAAGCAGCCCACAAAACCCAAAGGUGUUGGAUGGAGACAGCACAUCCCCCUCAGUGCAGCAGUCCACAGAAAGCUCUCUCAGACCCAAAGACUACACUGAAUAGCUCCUCGAAUAUUUUUUAUGCACAAGAUCAACAAUGUGAUUGUCACUGGGGAAAAAAAUGGCUUCAACUGACAUGCUUAGCAUUUUUCUUUCCCUCCUUAAAUGUGAAAAAUCAAGGGCUUAAUUUAGUGACACAGGAACAACAGAAGAGCUCCUAGAACUUUCAACAAGUUGCUGAAGUACAGGUUUAUUUUUUAUCAAUAAAUAUUUUUGUACUUAC